AUGUCUGCCCCUUGGCGGUACCCAACCGACGCCUCCUGUGCACCCGUCACAGUCUCCUUUCUCGCUCACAUCUGCUCACGCAAUUUCCACAGACGUAUCAAAUGUCCACGCACCUCGUCGUCAGUCUCCUAUGCCGUAGUCGGGGAUCUAUCCUCAAAAGACGUGGUGCUCUACUGUCUUCCCUCGGGAUGCUCGCGAUACCUCAGCCUUUUCCACGACGGGAUUUGCAGGAUAGUGGGCGUGAAGGUCAUCGCAAUCGAUCGACCUGGCUGCGGAGCUACUGCUGCAUGUCCGCUGGGCUCUCGCAUGCAUACCUCGCGUUGUCAGACUAUCAGCGUGCUACAGGCAGAGGGGCUCAUCGAUGAGCACCUGAAGCUGCCAGAGGGUAGCCGUCCGAUUGCCAUCUUGACACACUCGGCCGGCUUUCUGUACGCCCUGGACCUAUUGCAACACUUUACUCAGCUCUCCAAAUCUUUGAGUUCGCCAGAAGCUCCCUUUGCUUCGCCCUUCGGCUCUAGACCUCUGCUGCUCCUUUCCUCGCCCUGGGUUCCGACGUCCGUCUCGCGAUCCUCUCUCGCGCUCCUCCCGGCUGGAGUGGUGCGCCUGGGCUCGACGGUCAUCCCCGGCGUGGGCAAGACGCUCUUGUCGGCAAUGCGUGGUACGAGCGAAGCACAAGGCACCGCCAGAUCCUGGCUCAGCUGGAGUUUUGGCGUAGUCAGAGGUACCGAAGAAGAGGAACCACGGCCACGCACCAGUGGAUCCUCUGCCCGUCCGGACACCCCUUCAGAAACGGAGAGAGGUGCCGCCGACUUGUCUGCUGCAAGCACGCCCGUCUUCACGCCCAUUCCAAACCCAUUCGUGAGCAGCGUUGGACUGGACCCGCCGCCUUCGCCAGUGUCUCGCAAAGGGCAAAGAGUACGCUCAAAGGCCAAGCUUCGCUGGCCGAAGGCGGACUUCCUGCCUCCACACGAGUCGCACCACAAGUACACACUGGACAGUCGAGCCUACCCUUCUGACCAGGAAGAUGGAGAAGGGACACCUGUCCGCCUCCUCCACCCAGCGACAGGGCGGCCCUUUACGCUCAAUGAGACGAGCGGCUCGCGCCUCCUCUUUGAGAUGAUGUACUCCGAGUCCCUCGCCGGUAUCACAGAAGACUUCCUCUUGUCCCUCGGCUAUGCCCCACAAUUGAACAAUGCCCAGCUGGAGACGCUCAUACGCGAGAGGGUAGAGUCGUUGCGCCUGCAGGGCGGAGCGGAUGUGGUGUGCGUGUGGGCUAUGGGCGAUCGACUGAUACCGCAGAGGGGCAGGGACUGGCUGGAUCAACUCUUGCAGACCGAGGCUACAGGAGGGAGCGAAGAAGGGCAAGAGACGAGCAGAGGGAUGAAGUACGAGAGACUCAUCAUGGCCGAUGCGGGACACGACGCCACAAUGACCAGCGAGGCAGUCGUUGUUGAGCUCCUCCGUAGGGUCAAGAAGGCUAAAGAGGGAGAAGGGAGGGAAAGCUAGCCGGUUGAGGCAACGAGCUCAGGAGCUCAGCAUCGGCAAAGGUAUCACUUAGAGUCUCGCGAUGCUGUCCUACAGGCGUAGCGCGCAUCGCAACGGUUCGUACGCCGUAUGUAUAUUGUAUUGCUUAAGACGAUCGUCUCUACAGUUCUGCUAGUAGCCUGCAGGGAACGGAGCAAGUGAUAUCAGAAUGGUUUGUAGUCAGUAUUUGUAUUCUCGUUGUCUUAGUAGCCUCCACGACCGUAAUGUCCAUCACGCCCGCCCCGAAUGACU